CUUCAGCCGACCAACCUCUUGUUUGUUGGUUACUAUCUGGCUAAAAGCAACAGCCGCUGGGGCUGGUAUCCAACAAGCAGCAUCCCUCCCAUCGAGGCCGUGCGAGCCACUUCGCCCACUUUGUAUACCCCGGAUCCCUCCUUCCAGCUUUCUGGAAAUCCCUCCAACGGCACCCGGAACACCUUAUUGGCUCUGUGGCACACGCUCUUUCCCGCUUCUAUUCCCAAUUCUGUCUGUUCCGUCUCCAAACAGCGCCCGACCGGUCGGGCUACCUUAUGGGGAAUUCCUGAACCCUGAACCAGUCUCCUGGAAUUCUGGCGCAGGGUUCAACCAACCCUCUUCAACCAACCCUCUUCAACCAACCCUCUCGUUUGUCUGUAGGCGGAAUAUGUGUCACUUAUCACCUCCCUUCUCUUUUUCCUUGUCUAUAUUGCUUGUGCCCCUCGCAUGGCCAUAUAUCUCCGUAAUAUAUGUCCGCCCAUUUUCUCUUUGUUGUUUUGCUAUACUAUUCUCGAGUAUCGUUGUUCUUAGUACUGUGACUUUAUCACGUUGAGAAAAUCUCCUCAGACCACUUCGGCGUCGCCAAAUUUGUACCCAUGGAGCUAUUCGACUGGGAAAACCAUGCCGUUAUUACUCUGCUCAUCAUUCUUGUGACUUUAUACACUAUCUAUGGAGCAAUUUAUCGUUUGUUCCUCAGUCCGCUGAGCAAAUUCCCAGGCCCAAAAAUUGCCGCGUUGACAUCUUGGUAUGAACUCUACUACGAUCUCAUCCUUGGCGGUAAGUAUACUUUCAAGCUCAUCGAGCUCCAUAAGCAAUAUGGACCUAUCAUCCGCAUUACCCCAUUCGAGCUCCACAUCUCAGACCCCGAGUUCUACGAUGAGGUGUAUGCCAGCAGCGCUAGCAACAGAAAGCGGAACAAAUACCCUCUGUUUUAUGAAUCAUUUGGAAUGGACUACUCCAUGUUCGCAACCAUAGACCACGACUUGCACAAAUACAGGAGGGCUGCGCUCAAUCCAUUCUUUUCACAGCAAAAUGUGAGAAAGCUUCAGCCAGUCAUCCAGGAGCGUGUUUCAACCAUGCUGGAAAGGAUCAGGGAUUUCAAGGAAAGCGAAGAAGUUCUCAAUGUUAGCUGGCUCUAUGCAGCAUUCACGAGCGAUGUUGUCAUGCAAUACGCAUUUGCCAGAUCCGAUCAUCGACUUGAGCGUCCUGACUUCGACCGCGCCAACCGCGACGGCUGCUUCUUCGGUUCCACAGCCGCAAACUUCAUGAAGCACGCCCCCUGGCUCAACACCAUCUUCCAAUCCCUCCCCGACCAACUAACCCGACUCGCCCACCCCCUCCUCGCCGCAUUUCUAGCCCAGAGACGCCACAUCGUCAAACAAAUAACCGACAUCAAAACCGGGGCCAACUCAUCCAACCAGCACCUCUCCCAUGCCACAAUCUUCCACGAGAUCCUCGACUCCAAACUACCCGAAUCAGAGAAAUCCGUCCGCCGCCUCUCAGAUGAAGCCGAAGUCCUCGUCCUCGCCGGCACCCUCACCACAGCCUGGACACUAGACCUAAGCACAUUCUACCUCCUCCGCACUCCCUCCGCCUUGCGCAGACUCAAAGCCGAGCUCCGCGCCGCUAUCCCGGACCGCAAUGCCCCCACCCCGCUGGUGACGUUGGAACAGCUCCCGUACUUGAAUGCGGUUAUUAAAGAGUCGCUGCGUCUUACCUAUGGUGUCGCGGGUAGAUUGGCGAGGAUCGCUGAAGAGCCGCUAUUUUUCACUGAUCGCAGGACGGGGAGGGAGUGGGUCAUUCCGAGGAAUACGCCGGUGGGUAUGUCCGUCGCGCAACUGCACCACGACGAGUCGAUCUUCCCUGACUCCCAUAAAUGGAUUCCGGAGCGCUGGCUUAAUUCCAAUGGCGAGCUGAACCAGGGGUUGGAUAAGUACCUCCUUAGUUUUACGCGGGGGAGUCGGCAGUGCUUGGGUAUGCAUUUGGGCUGGUCGGAAUUGUAUCUUGUUAUUAGCUCGUUAUGGGUGAGGUUUGGGAGUGUGAAGGGGGAGACGGAGGAGGGGGUUUUGUAUGAGGGCGUGAGACAUGAGGGGGAUGAGGGCGUGAUGGGGUUGUAUGAUACGUGGAUUGGGGAUGUGGUGUUGGAUGGGGAUAGCUUUUUGCCGUUGGUGAGGAAGGGGAGCCAUGGGAUUAGGGUUCAGGUGUUUGAGUAGGGAGAGCGAUGGAGCUGAUGGGUGUGUUUGAGGUGAAAUUGUUUGAGUGAUUUUCUGGGUUAUGAGGGGUUGGCGAUGGGGGAGCUUGGACUGGUGAGGCGGAUACCCCUUGGCCUUGGAGCUGGUUUGAUUUUGUUAUGUCGUGAUGAUUUAUGUCUGGGCUCUGAUACGAGUGCUACAGUGGUAUACUUAGUAUUUGGUAUAUAGCGAACUG